GAAGCAUCAGCGGACUCCAGCGCAUGGCCCUCCGAUCCGCGGCAGAGAUGCGAGAGAUGAAUCACCUGGCCGCGGAAAUUGACCUCGUCCCAGUCAGCGCACGGGCGUUUCGGAAGUCAUUGGCCGCGGGCCGCCGCUUCGGAACCUUGGUCAGGGAGCGGGGCGGCAAGGGGCGCCUGCUCGGACCGCCAGGCGCCCCCCGCGCGGGGAUGGCGCCCACGGAAGGCACCUUGGAGACAGUGACGGGAUGGCAGAAAGAAGAUGCCGCAUCAGUGGAAGCAUUCAUGAUCUGGGCGAUCGACGCGCUGAACGACUUCUUGUCGUUGGUGGACGGCAGCGACGCCUACGACCGGGCCAUGGUCACCGAGGCGAUCAAACUGUGCCAGGUCAGCGAGAGCUACAGGGUUCGCGCGAACGAGGAGACUCUGGAGAAGCUAGACCAGUUCUUUGGCCACGACCUGAAGAAGGCAGUUGUGGUGUUGAUCGCGUUCGUGGGCGGCAAGAAGUCUUAG